CAAAAUCCGGGUAGUCCACAUCCCCGUAACCGCAAUGGCAGCAUCUUCCACCGGCAUCGCCAAGAUAAAGGCGACGCUCGAAGCGCUCAAUCAGCAUAUCCGUGAAGCCACGGAGACUAUUGCGUCUGAGGAACUGGCACCGGUGCUCGAUGGCGCGUUACACAGCGUCGACACGUUCCCAGAUCGUGACCUGGACCAAUUGGCGCGGACAGCGGUAGAUCUCAUGGACGCACUGCAGCUGCGGCUGGUUCCAUCCGUGAUGCUUCUGGCAGACGGCUUCUUCGGCUACCUGAACAGCAAGGCCAUGGCGGCCGUAGUCGAGGCAAAGGUACCGGACGUCCUCGAGAGCCAUGGACCGCUCACAGCAGAGAAGCUGGGCCCUCUCGUCCAGGUGCAGCCCACGCGCCUGGCGCAGCUCCUUGACACGUUGGUAAACAACGGAAUCUUCUCAUACGAUGCGUCAUCCGGUACCUUCUCCAACAACCGCUGCUCGACCCUUCUCCGCCGAGACCACUGGACAAAGUGGCACCUCUGGGCUGACCUGUACCCCAACAUAUUCUUCGACGUCAGCCGCUCGAUCCCUCAGGCGAUCCGUCUCGGGGAGACGCGGAACGCUGCUCAGAUCGAGUACAAAACCGACAUGAGCCUGUUCGACUACAUGGCAAAGCAGGGCAAGAGCGAGCAGUUCCACAACACCCUCGGCGCCGGCGCCGUCGCCAUGGCCAAGGGGCUUACGCUGGACUAUCCAUGGGGCGAGCUCGGUGGCGAGACACUGGUCGACCUCGGUGCUGGAUCUGGGGACUUCCUGGCGUCGGUCCUGCGACAGAACCCCGCGCUCCACGGUACACUAGUUGACCUACAGCACGUCGUCGACCUCAUCUCGCCGGACUUCAAGGCCGGCGACGGGAGCGGCCGGCAUGCCGACGUGGCGUCACGCAUGUCCUUGAGAGCGGGCGACUUUUUCGGCGACAUUCCGGCAGCGUCCGUGUAUACAAUCAAGUGGUGCCUACAUAACUGGAUGGACGAGGAUGUGGUGCGCAUCCUGAGCAACGCCCGCUCUCAUCUGGUUGCGUCGCCCGUCGCCCGCUUCGUCAUCUUCGAGUCAAUCAAACGACCGCUCCGAAGCGGACGACUUCCCCGAUAUGGUGACCUGGUCAUGAUGAUUACUGUCAACGGCAAGGAGAGGUCGGAGCAGGACUGGACCAGAUUGGCGGGCUUGGCAGGCUGGACAGUUCACCGCAUCAUCGACAUACGGAAUUCUUGGGUUUCAGCAAUUGAGCUUCGGCCGGCUUAAGGAGGAGGGGGAAAGAAGUUGGCGCUGCCUAGCGACCUGAUAUGUAGCUUGACUGCGCUAGGAACACGUAAAACCAAUGUGCGGGCUAAAGCUUACGCCGAUUCCUACCGUGAAUUUUUACAACCUAGGUGAGGCCAGAGGAAUCGAUUAUUUCUAAACGGCCAGUCAGCUUUCCUAUCAUGAUUUAAGAAGUCAGCUUAUACCUCAUUCCAUACAAUCUUAAAAUGAACUGGAAGCCACAGUCAAGACACGCAGUGAAGAGUUCCUGUUGUUACGACCCAACCUUUAUAGUCUUAACCUAAAGUCUGCCUACCCUGUAGGCCCAUUGUUAUCUUUAAAUAAACUUAAUUAAAAAGAAGUUAUAUAUAGUUAAUAUAAUUUACAGUAAUUGAGUUAUUUUGAAUUAAUACAACUUACAAUAACUAUAUUUAAAAUAACUAUAU